GACUAAAACGCGCGCGGGCCGCGUGGCCUUCAGCAGGCGCACCACCCAAAGCGCUGCGCGACCGUCGGAUUCUUCCGUAGCUCUGCCACCAGGCCAGAAGCAGCAAAGCUCGACAUCCCGACAAGGGCUACGUCCACCACCAGAGCAACACAGUUCUUCCACACAGCUGAUCAACACAAGAUGACGUCGAAGAACUUGGACGAGAGCGCUGGUUUGUCCCACGGUACCUCACUUCCGGUGGCUCCCGAGCCUAGCACUGAGAAGCAGCUGCCUGCAGAAAGCGGGCCGCUACCACCCUCAGAGAGCAAAGAACCAGCUACGCAGCCCGAACUGGCCACGUCACCCGGAACAGACAAGGAGCCAGCAUCGAAAAGCUCACCAGCAACGAUGUCGAGCGGGUGCCCAUCAGAAUCGGCCCACUCGCGACGCCGGCGGCUGAGCUCCAAGGUGGUGCUCGUGGCACCGCGCAGCGACUCCGCGCUCAUCCCGGCGACGGCCCGGGGCGAGCGACACCGCGCGCGCCGCCGGUCGUCCACCGAGCGGCUGCACGAGGCGUCGCACCAGGCGCUGGCCACGAGCGGCGCCGAGCGCUACCUCAACCUGUGGCUCUUCAUCGGCGUCUCGUCCGGCGUCGUGGCGGGCCUGACGGUGCGGCAAACGCUCGCCGAGCCGCUCUCCAAGAGACAGCUGAUGUACGUGGCGUUCCCGGGCGACAUGCUGCUGCGUAUGCUCCAGCUGUGCGUGAUGCCGCUCAUCACGUCCUCGAUCGUGGCUGCCAUCGGCGGCGUCGACCUCCGCCUGGCCGGUCGUCUGGGAAGGCGGGCCUUCAUCUACUACAUGGCGACCACGGUGAUCGCCGAGAUCGAGGGCCUGGCGCUCGUCUUUCUCAUCCGGCCCGGCGUACACUCCAGCGUCGACUUGGCCAAGGCGCCGCCCAAGAGGAUCUUCUACCUGGCCGACGCCAUCAUGGACAUUGUCAGGAACAUGAUUCCACCAAAUAUCGUAGAAGCUGCCCUUUAUUCCUGGUCCACCAAGGCGAUAAUUCCAGUUCCGCCAGAUGACAACUCGAGCAACAUCACCGAGGAGGAGCCGGAGUUCGUGGUGGAGCGCGCCCAGGGCACCAACGUGCUCGGCCUCCUGGUGUUCGCCGUCUUCGUGGGCGCCAUCAUCGCGUCCACCGGCGAGCGAAACCGGCCCAUGCACGACCUGGUCGUCAGCAUCACCGACAUCAUGAUGAGCCUCAUACGAAUCAUCAUGUGGUACUGCCCGGCAGGCGUAGGAUUCCUGAUUGCGCACCGCAUUCUGGCCACGGGCGAUCUGGGCCGCGUGCUGUCACAACUGGGCCUCUACGUGGUCACCGUGCUCACGGGGCUCGCCGUCCACAUGUUCUUCGUGCUGACCGCCGUGUACCUGCUGUUCGUGCGUCGAGGGCUCGGCUCCUUCGCCAGGGCCAUGAUCACCCCCGCCCUAAUGGCCAUCAGCACUUCCUCGAGUUCGGCGACAAUCCCCGUGACUAUAGCGACGUUGGAGGACCGCCUUAUGCUGGACCCACGGGUGGUGCGCUUCAUGGUGCCCGUCGGCGCCACGGUCAAUAUGGAUGGCGCGGCACUAUACGAGGCCGUGUCCGCCGUCUUCCUGGCACAGCUUCACGGCGUCGACAUGGACAUUGGCCGAGUACUGGCUGUCAGCCUGACUGCCACGGUGGCCAGCGUGGGUGCAGCGGGCAUCCCAGGAGGGGGCCUGGUCACCAUGGUGAUUGUCCUGCAGGCCGUCGGGCUGCCAGCCGAGGACAUCGGACUCAUCGCCACUGUCGACUGGUUUCUCGACCGCUUCCGAACGGUUGUGAACGUGAUGGGCGACUGCGUGGGCACUGCCGUGGUUCAUCAUCUGAGCCAAGCCGACCUCAAAGUGACGGCGCACAGCGAGGACGAAGAUGGCAUGUCGCUCGCCAUCCGCCCCAAGGCCUUCGUGUGACCCCGGCAGGCCGGGCCUCGACGUUCUCGCGAAUCGGCUUUUGUCGCAGUGCUAUUAAAAUCUCGCAUCCAACCGGAA